AUGGAGGUAAGCCCUGGCAGGGAAGUCGAGGAGAGCCGGGCACUGGCCGGGGGCGAGCUGGUGGCGGACGAGGGAGAAGAUCCUGAGAUGGGUGAGCCGAUGGAGGGCGAUGACGCCCUGGAGGUUCACUCGGCAGAUGGCCGUGCAUCCACCAGGGAGGCAUCAACGGCAAGAUCGGCGAG